AAAAAAAAAAAAAAAAACAAGAUGGGGAGGAUUUCUUAUCUUCAAGGAUAUCUCAGUGCAAUGCUAGGGCCAAAAAGAAACAUAAUUGGGCAUUCUUUAUGGAGAAAGAAAACUCUUCAGAUGCAUCAGUUGCCCUGAUUGUGGGUAUAACUGGCUUGGCAGGAUUUAGCUUGGCGGAGGCUCUACAGAAGCCAACAACUCCAGGCAGGCCGUGGAAGGUGUAUGGCAUAGCGAGGCGUCCCUUGCCAAGAUGGUUUCCCGCUUUCUUGGUCGACGGUUUCAUAUCUCUUGAUGCCUUAGACUGUGCCGAUACAGCAAACAAACUCUCACCUGUAGCCCAUGAGAUCACCCACGUCUUCUGGGUUUCCAUGCAACACCAUGGAAAUGAAGAAGUAAACAUCUCCAUGAACUCCACCAUGCUAGCCAACGUGCUUAAUGCCCUCAAAUCCACUGCCCCUUCAAGGCUCAGACAUGUCACUUUGCUAACCGGAACCAAACACUACAUGGGUCCAAUAUUUGACCCUUCACUUAGAGGCGAGCUUGUCCAUCAGGAGCCACCUUUCAAGGAGGACCUAGGCAGACUUCCCUACCCCAAUUUCUAUUAUGCCUUAGAAGACUUGGUUGCCUCCUAUUUGCCUUCAAUUACACACUCAGUUCAUCGCUCAUCAAUAAUAAUAGGUGCAUCUUCAAGAAGUCCGAAUGACACACUGCUUACUCUAUCUGUUUAUGCUACAAUUUGUCGAUACCAGGGGUUACCAUUUCGAUACCCUGGGAACAAAUACACAUGGGAGCACUUCUGUGACAUGUCUGAUGCAAGGGUGCUAGCUGAGCAACAAAUAUGGGCAGCGGUGACUGAGGGAGCUAAGAAUCAAGCCUUCAAUUGCACAAAUGGUGAUGUUUUUACGUGGAAGAGUUUAUGGGGAGUCCUGUGUGAGGUCUUUGAUGUUGAGUUUGUGGCCUUUGAAGAGAAUGAUGAGAAGUUUGAUUGGCUGGGGAUGAUGAAGGGUAAAGGCAAAGUGUGGGAUGAGAUUGUUGAGAAAUUCGGGCUGUUUGAGACUAAGAUGGAAGAUAUUACUUGUUUUGAAGCACUUAAUUUGGUUUUGCAUUUUGGGUUUCAACAUGUCUGUAGCAUGAAUAAGAGUAGAGAAUCUGGGUUUCAAGGGUUUGCUGAUACACUAAAGAGUAUUCCAAUGUGGGUGGGGAGACUGAGGGACAUGAAAAUCAUACCAUGAAGAUGAUGUCCACUCCAAUCAAUGCUUAGCUUGUUUCUUCUCAAUGUUGCCUUGGGCAUCAUCUUCCCUGAACUUAAGGCAGAAGGAAUUAGAGCAGCAUUCUUACCUGUAACCAUGCCAACUUACUGCAGAACACCUGCUUCUUCAAGAAGUGUGGACAACAUAUUGCUAACUCUAUCUGUCCAUGCCACUAUCUGUCAAUACGAAGGGUUACCAUUUCGAUACCCUGGGAACAAAUACACAUGGAAGCACUUCUGUGACAUGUCUGAUGCAAGGGUGCUAGCUGAGCAACAAAUAUGGGCAGCGGUGACUGAUGGAGCUAAGAAUCAAGCCUUCAAUUGCACAAAUGGUGAUGUUUUUACGUGGAAGAGUUUAUGAAAGUCUUGUUCGAGGUCUUUGAUGUUGGAUUUGUGGCCUAUGAAGAGAGUGAUGAGAAGUUUGAUUGGCUGGGGAUGAUGAAGGGUAAAGGCAAGAUGUGGGAUGAGAUUGUUGAGAAGUAUGAGCUGUUAGAGACUAAGAUGGAGGAUAUUACUUGUUUCGAAGCACUUAAUGUGGUUUUGAAUUUCAGGUUUCAACAUGUCUGUAGCAUGAUUAAGAGUAGAGAAUUUGAGUUUCUAGGGUAUGCUGAUACACUCAAAAGUAUUCAAAUGUGGGUGGGCAGAUUGAGAGCCAUGAAAAUGAUACCACGAAGAUGAUGUCCAUUCCAUCUAUACUUCGUUUUUUAGUAAUAUAAGACAAUCUUUUCUCAAAGUAUGAGAAGUAAUACAAGAGUGUAACAAAUGAAGCAAUGGUAUUCUUAUUUUUUCACCA